GCAAGGCGUUAUCUGACUGUCUGCUUCGUGCAUGCCAUAUGAGGCAAGUUCUAUAAUUGCUGUCUAGGCCUAGAUGACAAAUUGCUUUAGGACAAGUUCAGAGACUGGGUGAAGUCUAGGUCGUCUAGCCUAAUAAGAGGGCUAGUGAUUGGUUAAGGCCGGCUAUUCCUCCUAUUCUUUUCUCAUAGAUAUAAAUAAGAAGGGGAUGGUCUCUCGCACAAUAAUGAAGCUAGCAAUACUUGGAGCCACAGGGCCAACAGGUAUUUUUCUGACCCAACAAGCUGUAGAAGCGGGUCACGAUGUAGUAUUGUUGGUGAGAAAUCUACAGAAAGUGCAAAUGAAACACGACAGCUUGACGGUUGCUAAAGGUGAUAUAUUCAGUGAGAGUUUUUUGGCGGAACAUUUUAAUGGAUGUGAUGCUGUGCUUUCCUGCUUGGGAACAAAAGCUACUUUCAUUAGCAAGAUAACUUUCUACACAGACUCCAUGAAAGUAAUCAUUUCUGCCAUGAGAACAGCUGGAAUUAAAAGGCUAGUGGCUAUAACAUCAUGGUGUACAGGUUAUAAUCGCAAUGAUCCAGGACCAGCUAUCAUAGAAUGGUUUCUGAAACCAUUAAUAUUAAGGACUGUGCUAGCAAAUAUGGCGGAAAUGGAGACAUUCUUGGAAAGCGACUGCAAUGAUAUUGAUUACACGACUGUCAGACCACCCGGUUUAAAAACGGACCCACCGACUGAGAAACCCAUUCAAGUAGAAGAGCGGCAAUUUGUUGGAGGUGGAUCCUCUAUGAUGAACCGCGGAGAUGUAGCACGUUUCAUGUUAGACAUUGUUAACACCGAGAAGUGGUUUAAGAAAUUUGUUGCUGUUGCAGCAUAGGAAACAUUUAUUGACUCGUACAAAAAAAGAAUUAGUUGAUACCAUUUAGUAUAAAAAGUCCAAAAAGAAGGUAUUUCUGUUGCCUAAAACCCAACAGACCCAAAAGUUUGUAAAUCUAGGGUUGGUUAUAUUUUUUUUUUUGGCAAUUUUUAACAAAUUUUUAACCCCCAGUAGCCCAAAGUACUUGUUUGACAUUUUAAAAUGUCUGCUCUCCAAGCUAUUUCGUCACCCCCAUGAGUGGGGAAUUGAUUGGCACUGAACCCUAAGUUGGCUAAUGGUCCAACCAUUCUUGUUUAGGUUAUUCUAAAGCAAUCAAGUUAGCAUUAAUUAUAUUGGGUAAAUAAAUUCAUCUUGUUUUCGAUAGUUCAAUAAAUAUUUUCUCUCAAUCUUUUGCCACCAUGCUGUAGACUGGGUUCCAGUCUCCAACUUUUGCCUUAAUCAGUGAAAACUAUUAAAAAUAGAUCGAUUUUUGAA